GGCUGGCUGAGUUUGGAGGGGAGAGGAGGGGGGGAUCUUGGCUAUCAUCACAGUUCACUCCCAUACCAGUUGUAGGUGUGCCUGUUGGUUUAGUUUACUUGAAAAUGGCACCAAAGUAUAAGCUGACUUACUUCAAUUUGAAGGGUAUCUGCGAGCCCAUCAGAUUUUUGCUAGAAAUUUUGGAAGCAGACUAUGAAGAAGUGAGGAUGGAGUUCGGAGAUUGGCCAGCAAAGAAAGCUGAGACCCCGUUUGGCAAGGUCCCAUUGCUGGAGGUGGAUGGUAAGCUGAUGCAUCAGUCUCUGGCCAUCGAGCGCUACCUCGGCAGACUAGCUGGGUUGACAGGAGCCGAUGCUUGGGAGGACGCACAGAUUGAUAUCAUGGCUGAUACAAUCACUGAUUUUCGUGUUCCAAUUCCAAUGUAUAUGUGGGAACCAAAUGAAGAACUGAAAAACACUAGAAAAGCAACAUUUGUCAAGGAAACUUUACCAUUCUUCCUGAAGAAGUUUGAUAACAUUGUCAAAGAAAAUGGAGGAUAUCUAGCCAACAAAAAGUUAUCAUGGGCUGACAUAUUGUUUGCCGCUCUGACAGAGUAUGUCAGUUACGCAGUCGAUGUCCAGGAUGUAACAGAUGGUUAUCCCAACCUCAAGGCUCUCAGGGACAAGGUGUACAGUUUGCCUCAAAUCAAAAAGUACUUGGCAAAACGGCCUCAAACUACAUUCUAAAGAAACACAAAUGUGUUACUUGCGAUGUUAUAAUACCUUUACUGGUUCUUUGUUACUGUUAAUGCUUUAAGAAUGAUUUUAAACUACAGUAUUGUAUACUAAUUUGAAAAUGUGUAAUUAAAAUCAAAAUGUAAAA